AGAUGACUCAGCACCAAUAAAGAUAUCAUAUGGACCAUUGAGUCAUGUCACGCACGACAGCCCUGCACACCCACUGGAGUGUCGACUAGUCUACUAAUGACUGGUCUACUAAUCAUCGUCGUCUUCUUCUUCAGAGUCACCCUCGUCCUCCCCCGGCUCGUAGUCUUCGUCAUCCUCGUCGUCAUCGUAGUGGCCGCCGAACCCACCCAUCCCGCCAUAACCGCCAUAACCGCCAUAACCACCAUAACCAGACUGCACACACACACACACACACACCAGAGAGAUGCAGGUGUGUGGUGGCGAAGUCUGUGUGUGGAUCUCACCUCAUCUUCGUCUCCUUCGCCCCCUCCUCCCCGCGAGAUGUGCCAGCCGCCCUCCUCGCCUGAUGUAGCGUAUGUAGGCAACGCAAAUACAUUCGCACACACAUCGGGCGGACCUUUCCUCAGUGGCUCACCUCCGCCAGCCUGCUGCCGUCCGAAGGCGUGCCGCCGCACUGGAGAAACACACACACAUUCAGGACGAUUGACCGAUGGAUUGGAUGAGUGGUGCCUGCCUUUCUCGCCUUUUGUUCAUGUGUGCGUUUUCACCGCUCAUGGCGAGGUCCUUGGUUUCCUGCAGCUCAUAGCCGCACUUCUUGCAGGGCGGUGCGUCCUUCUUGCUGGCCGCUUUGAAGGUCUUGCCGUGGACGUGCUCGGCACAGUACUGCACCUGCACAUGGGAAGGGAAACAACACGGAUGCAACGAUGGGAUGGAUGCAGACAACAACGGAGACACUCACUCACCUUGCACCUCAGGCAAGAGUAGAUGCCCAAUCGAUUGCACGACAUGCCUGCAGGCAGGCACGGCCAACGGACAGAGACGUGUGAAGGCGCCCUCUUUCCAUGGCAGGCUGUUACACAUACACUUGAACGUCUCGUUCUCGAUGACGGUGCAGGAGGCCUGGUGCUCGAACUGAUCAUCCUCACACAGCCACCUGAAGCAGCGACGGGGUAUCACAUCACACAAGAAGCUGAUGUGGAUGCCCCAUUCCUUGACGUGCAACCAAAAGGACAUUAAACUUACUGCAUGCACGUGGCGCAGCGAAACAUCCUCCCACCUGUUCGUUCACAGCGGGAAUACGAAGGCAGGGAUUGGGGUGGACACGUGCACACAAAGAGUCGGUCCUAAUGAGUCCUACCUACCUACCUUGCUCCCAUGCGCUCCUGUCGCACUCUAUGCACACCACCACGUCCUCACCGUCACGCAACAAACUGCAUGGUUGGCCAACACGGACACACACACACACACCAAGAGACCUUUAGGUUUGCCUUCCUCCUUCUCGUCUAUCGUUCCGUCUGACCAUGAGCAUGCGUGGGACUGGAGGCACCGACGAGAGUGGCACACGGCGGCUUCGCUGAUGGAUGACACGAACACACAUAGUACCAUGUCCAGCCCACGACUGAGCGGUCGGCGUACCAGAAGUCACAUAUGGCCCCCUGACAAACAGACAGAUCACCCAGUGCCAACACGCAGCCAUGAUGUAUGUGUGGUGCCUGUGUGUAUGCAUGGGUAUGUUCGCAUCUGUCUACUGUGGCUACGUACCACGAGGGCCAUGCCGGUGGCACUCCGACCAGGAUGCUUCACCAUGCAAUCCUGCCAUAUAAACAGUCAGACACGCACCACGCACAUCCAGAUUUGUCAUCGAAUCGCCCCCUUCCUUGCUUGUCCACUCACGCCCGUUUGGUUGAGGCAUUUGGUCCGCCCACACUCGGCGCACAUCGGCAGCCGCUGGAUGGCGUUGCAGAAGUAGCAGGCGAACCGCGACUUCUGCCGCCUGUGACACUCAUCCUGCAGACAUCACCCAUACACACAGCGAGCGAAGGUAGGUGCCUUGCUGUGUUGCUGGAAUGACGAAUGAGCGAUUGGAGUGGCUUACGCAGGUCAUCUCAAAGUUGGCCGGGUUGGUCUUGAAGUCAUCUCGAGGCCUCCCGGACUGCAACAAGCACCAUGAUAAUCAAUUAAUAUAGCAAGGCAGAUAGAUGAGCUCUGUGUUCUCUUUCUGCCGGCUGUAACUAUAGCUCCAGCCUGAGUUGCGCUACCUGUAUCUCUUUCUGCCUCUGCUUUUGCUUCUCCGCCUUCUUCCGUUGACCCGUCUUCUUCUUCGGCAUUGCGAUGCGCACAGAUCAUCACAAUCUUGAUGCAUCUGCCAUCAUUUGGCCUUGUUAGAAGCGCUCGUCGCCACAACCGCC